UUAUGGCCGUCAGUCAGUUGGAAUGGAGGCAAGUGAUAGUUGUCGAAUGUUUGCGCUGAAAUUAUCAAGUUGCUUGUAAAUCGUGAUUUAGUGAGAAUUGAAUUAAAUUUUAAACAACUUGUGAUAGUUUGUGCAUUUACAUUGUGACUUAAUUAAUCGUGAAUUACCUUAAAGAAUGUUUAUUGUGUCCUUAAAGUAAUAGGAUCGGAUCAGUGAUCAUUUAUAUUAUUGGAUUACAGUUUCCAGUUUGUACAACGAAUAUAGUAGACAGAAUAAUAGUGCAAAGUGCAUCGAUGAGACGUCGCUAGAACUAGCAGAGGGAGCGUCGCCACGCUGCGUGGUUUACAUACUUAGGGGCGGUGUGUGAGUGUCGCACCGCCAUGUCGCAUCACAGCGACGAGCAAGCGCUGCUCACGGUCACAUCGGACUCGUUCUGGGAGCCCGGCAAUUACAAGCGGACGACACGCCGCGUCGACGACGGUCACAGGCUCUGCAGCGAGCUACAGGCUCUCGUGCAGGAGCGAGCGGACAUAGAGAAAACUUAUGCGAAAAGUCUGAGAGGAUGGGCGAAGAAAUGGAACGACCUUAUCGAGAAAGGCCCAGAAUACGGAACAAUGGAAGCAGCAUGGAAAGGCGGUAUGGUUGAAGCUGAACGUCUAUCCGAUCUACAUUUAAGCGUGCGCGAUCGCCUUGUCAACGACGUUAUAGCUCAGAUCAAGAAUUGGCAAAAGGAUACUUAUCAUAAGUCAAUGAUCCAACUAAAAGAACGCAAAGAAAUGGACGAGGCUUUCAAAAAGGCGCAGAAGCCGUGGGCGAAACUUCUACAGAAGGUGGAGAGAACGCGACUAGAGUAUCACACAGCUUGCAAACAAGAGAGGACCGCGCAAAACCAGGAGAGGAAUGCUAGCGGCGACAGUUCCCUCAGUCCAGACCAGAUUCAGGUAAAGAAAAUGGCAGAACGAGUUGCCAAAUGUCGAGAUGACGUUUCGAAGAAUCGCGAUAAAUACCAAGCGGCACUGGCGGAGAUCACGGCGUACAACCCGCGCUACAUAGAGGACAUGACGACAGUCUUCGACCGCUGCCAGCAGAUGGAGGCGCAGCGGCUCACGUUCUUCAAGGACGUGCUCUUCAGUUUCCACAAAUGUUUGGACAUCAGCAAGGAACCGACAUUACCACAAAUAUACGAAGAAUUCCACCACACAAUAAACAACGCGGACCACCAGAAGGACCUGAAAUGGUGGGCCAAUAAUCACGGAGUUAACAUGGCUAUGGCGUGGCCGCAGUUCGAGGAAUACACUGAGGAGUUCCGGGACAUCGCGAAAGGAAAAUCAAAGGAGAGCCUCCCCACCGGACCCAUCACGCUCCUCAACCAGCGACCAGUCAGCGAAGACGAGCUUCCUCCGAUCACGGCCAACAACAAGACGGGUAAAACGAGCAAUCACACGGAACCGCUGACCAACAACGCAGUAAUGCAGAACAACACGAGCGCAAACAACACUAUCGAUAAGAAAACCAUAAGUGCACCGAUAGCUGUCACACGCGGUUCUAACGGAAGUGCCCCUCACGACUUCAGGAACGGCACGGCCUCCGGUCCGAAGUCGGCCAAGACGUCCCCGGCCAAGGACAGCGUGGGCAAGGACAACCCGUUCGAAGAGGAGGACUGGGACGAGGAGUCGGCCGGCGCGCUCACCGACACCGGCGAGCCCGGCGUGCCCGUGCGGGCGCUCUACGACUACACCGGCGCCGAGAGCGACGAGCUCAGCUUCCGACAGGGCGACCUGUUCGAAAAACUGGAAGACGAGGACGAGCAGGGUUGGUGCAAGGGUCGAAAGGACGGCCGCGUGGGACUCUACCCCGCUAACUACGUCGAGCCCGUCGGACACUAACCCCCGCAGCACUCCGCGGGCCUCCGCACCGGGAGCCCUGCGGCACACCGGGCAGCGCCUCGAGGCUAGGUUAUAAUUACAUACAACAAGUGCGGAGCGUCAUUAUGCGGUUUUAGGUAUUAAUUAGUCCAAUGUCACUGAUUUGUUACUUAAAAUUCACGGUAAAUUUUAAUUGAUAUUAAUUAAAAUCGCUUUUUUCAUUUGCCUCCAUCAAUUAAAAAUAUAAAUUCAGUACGUAAAGUAAAAUGUCUGUUUUUAGACGAGUAUUUUCGCCUCACCGACUAGUUUACGAAUAUCAGUUUCACUGGACUAUGAUCGCCGUAUGUUUAUUCCAAAGGAACAAUAACGCCUAAUGCUGUAUUUUAAACGAAAAAUUGUAUUCUUUAUUUGUGACGGAAUGUAUAUUAUGAUUAUAAUUAUAAAGUCACUCAGUCAUAAUUUAAGUACAUUGAAAUUAUAAAAGUUACAUUCGAUUGAUGUUCUACAGAUAUUGACAUCGCUUGGCACAAUUGUUAAGAGUAGAUUCAGCCAUCGAUACGCCAUCUCCAAUUGUAAAAUUAAAAUAUGUAAUAGCAAAACUAAGUAUUGCGAUCCGAUUAUAACGCGUGCCGAUAACGAAAACAUUUAUAAAGGCCGACAGUACUAAUGUUAGUAUAGUUAGCAGAAACUUUUCAAUUUUAUUUAUUUAUGAAUAAAUGUCAAUACCUAAAUUAUCAUUCAUUGUCAAAGUUUGGUUUCUUUGUUUAGUUUUUUUUUUUUUCUUUUAAAUUAUUAUAUCUUAUUUUAUAGUUGUAAUUUUAUUUCGAAUAAAUAUUAAAUUUUUUACUGAUGUGUUCACAAACUUUUUUCUAAUCAUAAACGCAAGAAGUGCAAGAGAGAUAGAAUAGUUUGCGAGUGAGAUGGCCGCUGAUCAGUCGCCGAUUAUAAAUAUUUUCCUUACUAGCACGAGUUAUACUAUCUUUACUUGCGUUAAGAUAAUUUGUAUAAACUUUAGAAUUUUUACGCUUCAGACUUUCUUCGUGAUUAUGGGUUUUAUACGAUAUGAAAGUUGGUAGUAAGUUAGUAGCGAAGUUGUACUGAAGCUGCGUGUCGGUCGUAAGCUUUAAACACUCUUAUGACGGUUCGACUCCUGAACGACGAAUUCCGAUCAUCGCGGCUCGGGAAUAUUUUCUUUUUUUGACGCUUUUAACUUCAACUUUGAAAGUGACGCGGCCCAAUUUUUGAAAGAUUUUAGAACGAUUAUAAAGCGAGAUGCGAUUCGGAAUUAAGUGAUGAGUAUUUUUGGAGAAUAUUUGUACAAUGUGGAAACCAAAAAAUUGUCUUUGACGUUUACGGAAUUAGGUAUAAUUUGCGCGAGGCGAGUCACGACCGAGCGACCGACUCUGUCUCGAGGAGGAGGGAGGGGGGAGUAACGGUCGGUACUUCUACCUUUUUAAACCUAGCUAAGCCAAAAAAUUGAACGCCAAUUUAUAAUGUAGGCAAGCGACCGCUACCUGGCAACAAAUUUAUAUAUUUGUGAUAUAUAAAAUAUAAUAUAGGUGGUUGUACUGCACUGCAGGCGUUUUCUGUACAUACACAGUUAUAUAUUCGUCGUGCAUAUAGAAUAUUUAUUUCCCAUUGUAUAUAACGUGUAAUUAUAUAAUAUUGCUGUAUUUGUGAGCGCGACGGGUGCGUCCGGGCCUAAGGGGAGUCGCGGGUGCUGCAGCGGCCGCCGCCCGUCGCCUAGACUAGUAACGAUUACGAUUAAUAUAUUACGAAGAUGUUUACCUUUUUCUUUUCCUUUUUUACCUCGUUUUAGAUAUUGUUGUAUUGUAACGUAUCGGAGUCAGUAGGCUGUAGGAGGCUGAUGUUUUAUCACUUGACUCGUGACCGCUCGUAGUUCACUUAGUCGUAGCGCUAUUUGUUUUCUUUGUUAUGGUUUCAGAGACCUCUGUGAAAUUCUUUGUAUUAUAUUAUUAUCAGAGAGAGGGUGGUUACGGACCACAUAUGUUAAUAUAUUAUUAAUAUUGGUAAAAUAAAAUUGUUACAUAUGA